AAGCUCUGAUUAGGCAUCAUGCAUUCCACUGACACAUGCAAUAUAAAUUCAAGCUCUUGUGCAUUCAUUUCUAAACAUCAGAAGCUACUACGAUAAACAAUGAAAGCUACAUUUCUAAUACUCUUUUUCCUUGUCAUCGCCUUUGUUAUAAAACCAUUACCAGCAGCAGCGGAUGAUCCUGAACCAGUGCUUGACAAGGACUCUGAGCAGGUAAAAGCUGGUCUUGAUUACUACAUCUUGCCAAAGGACCCUAAAUUGGGUGGAGGUUUUACGCUGGCUAGCAUCGAAAAUACUAGCUGUCCACUUGACGUUAUCCAAGAGCGUGAUGAUGCGUUAUCUGGUUAUCCAGUGAGAUUUUCGACAGUGAACAGCGACAAUGGGGUUGUAUAUAUAUCCGCUGAUCUGAACAUCAAAUUCUCCCGCGUGAAGACAGCCUGCGUCUCCUCGCCAGUGUGGAAGGUUGACCGCUAUAAUGCAUCAGAAGGACCAUAUUUUGUAUCAGUUGGUGGGGUUGAAAAAAAUCCAGGUCCUGAUACCGUGGCCAACUGGUUCAAGAUUGAGAAGUUUAAUGAUGACUACAAACUGGUUUUCUGUCCAAAUGUUUGUAAUUCCAGCUGCAACAUUCCAUGCAGAAGCUUCGGCAUGUAUAAGAACAAUGGGAUACGCCGUCUGGCGCUAAGCAGGAGACCUGUUAAGUUUAUAUUUAGGAGGGCUUGAAUGUUUACUAAUCGGAGUAAUAAUCUCCAAGUAAUGUAUUGUAAGAUAGAAUACAUAAUAUAUGUAAGAUAAGUGCUAGAAUGCUGCACUCUUUAAUAAUAUUGCACUCUGACAAAAAAAUCAGUGCAAUUUGUAUGUUGGACUGAACAUCUAUCAAUAUUACAGCAUGCAGUUUAAAGUUUGGAA